CGGGGCGGAGGGUCGCGGAGCGGGGGUGGUUGUGUCCCCUCCUUCCUUCCAUCCCUCUUUCCCUCCUUCCAUCUCUUUCCCUCCCUCUCCCUGAAUGCGCCCAGGCCGGCGGCGGCAGCUCCGCGGCUCCGCGCUGCCCGCAGCCGCCCCGCCGGCAGCUUGGGGUGCAGGCUGAGCCCCGGUCCGGCAGGAUGGGGAACACCGGGUUCGGGAUGCUGGUCCUGGUUGUGCUGCUCGGAUGCUUCUUCUCGGCGGCAUCCAGCACACUUCCAGAGUGCAGCAUCAUGCAGGAGAUUGAAGAGGAACGCAGCCAGUGCUUGGCAGAGCCUCCUGGAGAUAACCUGACAUCAGGUUGUAGAAGGCAAUGGGAUAACAUCACAUGCUGGCCUGAAGCAGAAGUAGGAGAAGUCGUGGUCCGGCCGUGCCCAAAGUAUUUCAGGUUCCUCACCACUUUUUUGGGGAAUGUGAGCAGGAAUUGUACAAGCGAGGGCUGGACAGAUGUGUACCCUGCACCAUAUGCUGUAGCUUGUGGAUAUGAUACCAACAGCACCCCAGGGGAAGAGCAAACAGUGUUCUAUGGCACAGUCAAGACGGGCUACACCAUCGGCCACACCUUGUCCCUCAUCGCUCUCACGGCUGCUAUGAUCAUUUUAUGUCUCUUCAGAAAACUCCACUGUACUCGAAACUAUAUCCACAUGCACCUCUUCAUGUCCUUCAUCAUGAGAGCCAUUGCUGUCUUCAUAAAGGAUGUCAUCCUCUUUGAAAGUGGAGAAUCUGAGCACUGCUUUGUGAGUUCAGUAGGCUGCAAAGCCAUGAUGGUUUUCUUCCAGUACUGCAUCAUGGCCAACUUCUUCUGGCUCCUGGUGGAGGGAUUGUAUCUUCACACCCUGCUGGUCAUCUCCUUCUUUUCAGAGAGGAAAUACUUUUGGUGGUACAUCUUGAUUGGCUGGGGUGCCCCCUCCGUGUUCAUCACUGCUUGGACUAUUGUCAGGAUUUACUUUUUUGACGUUGGGUGCUGGGAGGAAGUCGUGGAAUCCCCAUUCUGGUGGAUCAUUAAAACUCCUAUUUUGGUGUCUAUUUUGGUGAACUUCAUUCUCUUCAUUUGCAUCAUCCGGAUCUUAGUCCAGAAACUGCAUUCCCCAGAUGUUGGGCACAAUGAAACCAGCCAAUAUUCGAGGUUGGCCAAGUCUACUUUGCUGCUCAUCCCUCUCUUUGGCAUCCACUACAUCAUGUUUGCUUUCUUCCCUGACAAUUUCAAAGCAGAAGUGAAGCUGGUCUUUGAACUCGUGGUUGGGUCAUUCCAGGGCUUUGUGGUGGCUGUUCUGUACUGUUUUCUCAACGGGGAGGUCCAAGCUGAGCUAAAGAGAAAGUGGAGGAGGUGGCACAUGGAGAGGUUCCUGGGCUCAGACAUGAAGUAUCACCACCCUUCCUUAGGCAGCAAUGGCACCAACUUCAGCACCCAGAUCUCCAUGCUGACCAAGUGCUCACCAAAGACCCGUCGGUGCUCUGGCUUCCAGGCUGAAUUCUCUCUGGUAUGAUGGGGAGAGGCUCUCUGAGCACUGAGCAUCCACCAGAGAAGCUGAGAAGCAGAAGGAUCCCCAGGAAUCUGCAUGAGCCAACAGAGGACACAAAACUGGAAAAGCCACUGGCAUCCAGGACAAGACAGGACAAGUCAAGAGGCAGAGAAAUCCUUUUCCUCUCCCUCUUUUGAGACCUUUCACUCUUCAGUUUUAAGCCCUUAGGGGUUGAUCACUAUGAGUAAAGGUGCCAGACACUUGAGGAGAGACUGGGAGAUCCUGAUGUGCCAUAAAUAAUGAAGUACAAGGGGGUGAAGGAGGGGAGAGCCUGAGUCCUUGGUGGCUUCACCAGAACUGGCAUCUCUGGAACAGAUAAAUUGCACUUCUUAAAAAAAAAAA